GAUAUUUUAUAGCUUAACGGCUUACAGUCAGGUGAUAGACGAGAUCAAAAUGGAGGCAUUAGUAUACGAUGGUGUAUCUCAAACUAUCAGUUAUGUGUCCGACUACCCUGUACCUACGUUAAUCAAUGACACAGAUGUUAUUGUCAAGGUGGCGUACUCAGGAGUCUGUGGUACAGAUCUUCAUAUCAUUCAGGGCAAGUUCCCAGUUUCCGAAGAGAAUUCACUGCCACUGGGCCAUGAGUUCAGCGGUGAAAUCUAUGAGGCAGGCAAGGCAUCUAUCUUCAAGAAAGGACAGAAGGUUGUGGUUGACCCUAACAGAGCGUGUAGUCUCUGUGAUUACUGUCGGGACCGUAACUAUCAGUUUUGUACUGGUAGCAGUAAGUAUACUAUUGGAAUUUGGCAAGACGGAGGUUGGGCGCAAUAUGUCCGAGCUCCACAAGAUCAGGUCUUUGCAUUACCGGCGGAUAUCACAUUAGAACAAGCUGGUCUGUGCGAGCCGUAUUCUUGCGUGUCCCACGGCUUCGACCGCGCUGCGCCUUUGUCUGUUGGACAGAAGAUACUAAUUGUUGGUGCUGGUAUUAUUGGAAAUCUAUGGGUGACAACUCUGCACCAUCACGGACACAGAGAUGUGACCGUGUCUGAGAUGAAUCAAAACAGACUGAAAAUUGUAGAGAGACUAGACACCGGAUAUCGCCUUAUUUCGCCUGAUGUUUUAUCUGCAGAAACAAUACAGUAUGAUGUUAUUAUUGAUUGUACAGGCGUGGCUAAAGUAAUGGAGAGUACUUUCAAUUAUCUUAAUCCAGGAGGUAAAUAUGUACUGUUCGGAUGCUGCUCACCCAACGCCAAAGCUCAGGUGAAUCCAUUCCAGAUAUACAAUAAGGAGCUGACCAUCAUCGGUGUAAAGGUUAACCCGUUCAGUUUCCCGAAGGCGAUCAAAUGGCUCAGUGCGAUGGGUGACAGGUAUAUUGACUACCAUAAGCUGGGAGUUAAAACAUACAGCCUAUCGCAAUAUCAGGACGCUCUCAAAGAUCUGAAAGCUGGAAAUAUAUCAAAGGCUGUAUUCAAAAUAAAUUCAUAAAAAAAACUAAAACAGACAAAGAAGUUCUAAAAACAAACUAUAAUAGUUUUUUUGGAAAAAAUAUUUAUUUCUAAA